AUGCCGGUGUCAGUCUGGUCCAGCUUGACGAUUGCCUCUGCACAAGCCGGCAGGGAGAGCCAAUACAAGAAGGGCGAGGACAUAUCCGACUUUGCUAUCGAGAAGGCACGAUUUGUGGGGAUCUAUACCCUCAUCCUCGUCUCCUCGGUUGGAUCUGCUGCCUAUGGUGUCAGCUUGAAUGAGCGCGCACACCUCGCAAUGCCACUCGUCCUUCAGUUCCUCACCGGCGCCGCAACCUCGAGCAUCUUUACGCUCUGCGGAACGCUCCUGACCGACCUCAACCCCAAUGCUUCCGCUACCGUUCAGGCAUCAUACAACUUAGUUCGAUGCCUAGGAGCCGGUGCUGCGAUUGCGGCACAACAACCGCUGGCAGAUGCUGCUGACUCCGGAUGGUGUUUUGGUGUGUUUGCCAUCAUCAUGAUGAUGGGGUUACCGCUUUCCAUGCUCAUCGAGAAGCAAGGUCUGGAAUGGAGAAGAGCAAAGGCGUUGAAGGACAGUCGGAAGGACGGCAUUUAA